AUGGGCGAUUUCAAUGCCAUAUUAGCCAAAGAAGAAAGAGUGGGACAUAGAGUUUGUUAUCAUCCUGAUGCAGACAUGCAAUGUGUUCAACAGUGUCAAAUUGAAGAUGUUAAAGCAACUGGCUGCUACUUUACAUGGUCUAAUAAACAACAAGGAAGAGACAGAAUAUGUUCAAAUAUUGAUCGAAUUUUAGCCAAUCAAGAGUGGUUGGAUCAAUAUCCAAAUGAUGAGGCAAUGUUCCUAAAUGAAGGGACUUUUGAUCACACUCCAGCCAUUUUAUCCUUACAUCCAAGAUGGAGAAGCGGGAAAAAACCUUUUAAAUAUUUUAGGAUGUGGUCUUCUCAUCCUAAUUAUUUUAAUAAGGUUUCGGAAGUUUGGCACAAGGAAAUGAGGGGAACUAGGAUGUACCAGUUGAUAAGAAAAUUGAAGGAGUUAAAGGCUACACUUAAAGAGAUCAAUAGAGAAGGAUUCUCUGAUGUCCAGGCAUUGUUUGAACAAUCAAAAGCUGAUCAAAAUGACCUGCAAGAUAAGCUCCAACAUGACCCUUUGAAUGCUGAUUUACAUGAAGCAGAAUCAAAUGCCCAAGAGAAGUAUAAUGCUGCUGUUAAGAAUUAUUUCUCCUUUCUCCAGCAGAAGGCCAAGGCUGCUUGGAUUCAAAAAGGGGAUAGCAAUUCUGCUCUCUUUCAUGCGAGCAUCAAGCAGAGGCAGAGACAAAAUUAG